AUGUCGGUUCAGGAGCGAGAUCCGGACUCCCAGCAGAAGGCUUUGCUUUUUGAGAUCGAGUACCCAGAGGCUUUGGACCGAGUGAAGCCUCGGCAUCGCUUUAUGUCAGCCUAUGAACAGAAGGUCGAACCACCCGAGUCCAAAUUCCAGUAUUUGCUCACCGCUUGCGAACCCUAUGAGACCAUUGCAUUCAAGGUCCCCAAUAUGGAAGUCGACAAGAAUGAAAACAAGUUCUUCACGAGUUGGGAUCCGCAGAGGAAAGUCUUCACAAUGCAGAUCUUCUUUAAAGACCGCGAAGAGAAAGAAUUGCCUGCAUUGCCUCAGAGACCGGGCACCACGAACUUAGCCUUCCACGGUGGAGGUGGAUUCAUCCGUGGAUGA